GUUGGACUCUAACUGGUAUUGACGUUGACAAUUUGCAGUUGAUAUUUAAUAAGAAUCAAGGAAAACGAUAGUUGGGGGUGUUUCCUGAGAUAAAAGUUUGGACAUUCCAUAAUAUUAUUGAGCUGACUAUCCCAAUGUUGAAUAAUAAAGAUACAAUAAUUUUUCAAGACAAUAUGGAUGCAUUUGGUGAUAACUUUGUUAAUGAACAAGAAGUAGAUCCAGUGGCAGAAUUUGUAGCAAGAGAACAAGACCAAUUGGCAGGGCUUGAAAAUGAAAUUCCACCAGUUUCUAUGUCUGCUCCCACAAUAGCUUCUAAUACAGAUGUUGGUCCAGGUGGUGAUGCUGAAGGUAGUUUUGAAAUAAUAGAUGGAAUUGGACAACCUUCAGAAACACAAACAUUAUCAGUAAUAGAAGCUGCACCCAAGCCUCUACCUGUAAAAGAAGAACCUGAAAAAAUACGGAAAUGGAGGGAAGAGCAAAAAGCUAGAUUAGAGGAAAAAGAUGCAGAAGAAGAAGAGAAGAAAGACGAGUGGAGGGAAGCUGCAAAAAAAGAAUUAGAAGAAUGGUAUAAACAUCAUGCAGAAGCUAUUAGUAAAACAAAAACUACAAACAGGGAAUCAGCCAAGAACGCAGAAAAACAAUUUGUAGCGGAAGCUGAUGAAGUGGAGCCAGGAACGGAAUGGGAACGUAUUGCAAAACUUUGCGAUUUUAAUCCAAAAUCUUCUCGUACUUCCAAAGACGUUUCUCGAAUGCGUUCGAUUAUUUUACAAUUAAAACAAACUCCACCUGCUCCAGUCAGUCUUUGA